ACCGACAAAAAGUAAUAGUAACCUCUUCUACACCGAUUAAUACAGCACGUGAUACACAAUGCAAUUUGGAUUUGUUAUGUUGGCAACACGAACUCGACUCUUGUCGUUUCCACCGAACCUCAACUGAACGCUACCCUAAAAUUUUGUAGGGUAGAGUUCAACUAAACCUUUGGCGUUUCCACCGUACAAGCGCUGACCCCAACCCGACUCUAACCCGACUCUGACCCGAUUUGGACCCUCGAUGGAAACGUAGUCUUAGAUUCUCCUUCUAAGUUUUUCUCAAGUUUGAUCACGAAUCAUGCAACAUCCCGUUCAUCGAUGAUUUCUUUCGAUUACCGAUCUACCGCUAAACCAAGUAGAAAUGUGGAAUUUUUGUUCAAAUAAAUUCGCGUGUGCAAAAGGAAAGCGCGGGUCAUGUAGGGAAAUAACGCGUUGGCAAGUCAAGGCAAUUUUUGAGAAAAGUUAGUAUCCUCUUGAAGAAAUCUAAUGGAAUUGCAAGAUGAAUCUCUGCUGUAUAAUGUUUAAGAGUAAAAAUUAAUAAAAGAGCGCGGUAAUUAUUUAUAAAUUUGAAAUGGAAUCCAGUGGUAAAGUGUCCGAAGAUGAAGAAGAGGUUCUUGUAUAUGUAGAAUUCGAAGGACUCGUUGACAGUAAUGUAUUUAACGAGAAACAAUUACAAUUAGAUAUGGUUGGUAUAGAUACGGAACAUCCAAUAAUGCAAAUUAAUGGGAAAUUUUAUGAAGGUGUUUACGAAGAUGUUGGUGGUACAUACAUGUUCUUUACAAAAAAUAAUGAUUCUACAUUGGAUGAUCCUGUUUUUGAUACUGCUUCGAAUUUAAAAUAUUUUGCUAAAACUAGAAAAUGUUUGAAGAUGAGACGAAUCUUCAUAAAACCUAGAGCUGAAGUUCUUGGUGAUUCGGAACAUGAACAAUGUAUUCCAAAUUUAAAUACGCUUAAACAAGCAGGAGUACCAAUUCAAUAUCAAAAAGAAGCUCUUUCUUUUUGGGAAACAAUGCGGAACAACAGAUUAAAUGCGUUACAUUCCUAUUUAGAAAAACAGCGAGUUAGACAAGAAAAAAAGUCUCAAGGGAUAAUUCUGGAAUCUGAAUCAGAUGAAGAUAAUCCUUUUGCUAUGUAUAGUCAUAAAGAAGAGAUCAAAAGUAUGAUAAAAUCUGAAGAUAUCUGUGUUAAUUCAGAAAAAGAAUCAAAUUAUAGCGAUAAUUCACCUUGUACCAUUGAUGAAACUUCUAAUAAUGUUAAGGAUAAUUUUCAGAAUGAUUUUAAGCCUGAACCUUCAACAAAAUCAGAAUCUUUAGUUUCGAUAGAUGUUGAUUGUCAUUCACCUAAACCCAUAAAAGCAUACAAAGCUAAGGUAAUUUGUAAAAAGAAUCUAAAUAUAGCUGGUAACAGACAAAGAGUAAAGCUUAAUUCAAAAAGAUCUUUAUUAAAAGAUAAAAUUUCAUCUUUUAAUGUAGAAGAAAAUAAAUUGUCAGGUAAUAAAGAAACUAAAAUUGAAAAUGAAUCAAGAAAACGAGAUAAAUCCAACAUUACUGAAAGUUUAAGCGCAUUAGAAAUUACUACAAAUAAAAAUGAAAAGUAAAUUACCAAUAUGACAAUUGUAACAUUCGUGUUAAAAUGUGGUUUAAAUAAUUUGCAGUAAAACUGUAGAACAACUAGAAAAGAAAUGGAUGGAUGCGUUUUCAGAACAGUAUGAAAGUAGUGUUGAAAAGACUAAAAUGAUAUAAGAUAAUUACUUUUUAUUAGAUAAAAAUGAAUUAAUGUUAGCAUAUGAUGAAUUUUACUUUCUUUCUUAUUUAGAAAAAUAUCUUCUUCGUUUCACGAUUAUUGUAUUAAUACAUAUUUCAAUAUGAACUGUGCACUUUAUUUUAAGCAAAUGUAUAAAACAUUACACAUGUUUGAUACUACGAUCAUAAAAAUAUAAUUGUUAAACAUAAUCGAUAAUCAAUUGCAUCGAAUUAUAUUCAUGAUUAUUAAUUUUUAUACUUUGCUUAAUUAAAUUUGUUAAAGUACAUUAGAAAUUAACAUAAAAUAAUUUUACACUAGAUUUGUUGUUGGAUUACAUACAACAAAAUGAGAUUUUUUUCGAAAUGAAAUAAUUUUGAACAGUACAUUUUUCAUAAAACAUUAACAAAAUUCGAUAAAUAUCAAAA